UUGUUCCUUCCUUCGCUCUUCGUCGUCAGUUGGUCCUCUAAAAGAAUGAAAGCUUCAUUGCUCCUUGGUAUUGUACUCCUUGCAUCACAGGAGGUGCAUGUACUAUCCCAGCCGCCUGGUGGGAUAGAGGGACUCCCAGAUGUGAUAGGACAAGAAGCGUGUUUAGACUUGGUGUUCAUGUUCGACAUAUCGUGCUCUGUCAGUGAGGCAAACCAACUCAAAGCUGUUGAAUUUAGCAAGCGUCUGAUAGAAGAAAUCAGAAUGAGAGAGAAACCCGAAGGAUUUAGUGUUAAAUUAGCGGCAGCACUUUUUGAAGGUGAUGUAAACAAUGCAUUCUAUCUGAAUGCAGCUAACAGUCGAGCUGAAAUGCUUGAACUACUCGACACUCUCCCCGAGCUUAUAGAAUCGACGUCCAUUCAAUGUGACACCAUGACCCAGGAGGGAGUUAAGGCUCUGUACGAAACAUAUUUCACGGAAGCAAACGGAGACAGGAAGCAAUUAUACAGGGAUCAGGAACUAUACCAGAACGUCGCCAUAUUUUUCACGGACGCAAGGACCCAUCCAAGAAAGUAUGCAUUGGAUGGAAGGGCUCUUGACAAAUAUUUGAAGAGAGCCGCGGAAGCUAGAAUUACGAACUAUGUCGUAUUGCUUGAUAAUAAUCGCACGGAAGAAGAUGCCAACGGGAACGAAGUGACAAAGCCACCUCUAGAUCAUCUGAAGAUAACAGACAAUGAGCCAAAAAGACUGUUUGAUAUUAGAACUGGUAAAGAUGUGGAAGCAGAGGUGACAAAAUUGGCAAAAACUCUUAACGAAGAAUAUGUCUGCCAGACAAGUGUCGACAGAGCUUGUGCCGACAUUACAUUUGCUUUUGAUGUAUCGUGCAGUAUAGACAAGGAUAUCAAGGAGCUUUACAGAUAUGUGGCGAGUCAAACGUACAAUGAACUGAUCAACAGCGCCGGAGACAUUCUCGUUUCAGCAAUUGUGUUUGAUGUCACGUCCCGCUCUCAGUUCUAUUUUGACACAUAUGGUAACCGGGAAGUCAACAUAAGUAAAAUAGACAACGCCCUUAGAAACCUAGCCCUAGAAGAAGUAAAGUGUCGCACCAUAACGGAGAAACUUUUUGAUGAAGUGAAUCGUAAGCAUUUAGGAAAACAUGGAGAUCGAGAUGAUAUCCAAAAUAUUCUAGUAUUAUUCUACGAUGGUAUGACGUCACCGUUGAGGCGCAGAAAAGAGACCAUUGCAAAAGCUUUGGAACUGAAGAAAAAUGGUGUUGAUAUUCAUCUGGUUAGACUAGAAAACAAUAGAGGCAAAGAUGGAGACGAGGAAUUCCAAGAGAUAGCAAGUCCAGAUCGAUUGUUUCCGUUAGAAUCUGGAAAUGCACUCACUGAUGAAAACAAAGACGCAGUCGUGUUAGAGCUUUUUGAUAAACUUCGUCUAUAUGCUUGUGAAGAUCAGGUUUAAUAAAUUGUCAUAAUUCAAUGUUGAAAGUGUG